AUGUCUUUGGCUGACUUGACUGGUCAAUUCAACUUUCCCAAGGAGGAAGAGAAAAUUCUCGAAUUUUGGAAGGAAAUUGAUGCUUUCCAAACUUCCUUAAAGUUAAACAAAGAUAAACCUAUCUUUGCUUUCUACGAUGGUCCUCCAUUUGCUACAGGUCUUCCUCAUUAUGGCCAUUUGUUAGCCGGCACAAUUAAAGAUAUCGUCACACGUUACGCCCAUAAUACAGGCCAUAAUGUUGAACGUCGCUUUGGCUGGGAUACUCAUGGUCUUCCUGUUGAAUAUGAAAUUGAUAAGAAAUUGGGUAUCAAAUCUAAGGAUGAUGUCUUAAAGAUGGGUAUUGAUAAAUACAACGCUGAAUGUAGAUCCAUUGUUAUGAGAUAUUCUAGUGAAUGGCGCAAGACUGUUGAGCGUAUGGCUCGUUGGAUUGAUUUUGAUAAUGAUUAUAAGACUUUGAAUCCAACUUUUAUGGAAACUGUUUGGUGGGUUUUUAAGCAAUUGUUUGAUAAGGGUCAAGUUUAUCGUGGUCAAAGAGUUAUGCCUUACUCUACUGGUUGUACUACACCUUUAUCCAACUUUGAAUCUUCUCAAAACUAUAAGGAUGUUAAUGAUCCUGCUAUCGUUGUUGGUUUCCCCUUGGUUAAUGACGAAUCUACUCAACUUUUAAUUUGGACUACAACUCCCUGGACCUUGCCCUCCAAUAUGGGUGUUUGUGUUCAUCCUGAUUUUGAAUAUGUGAAAAUUCACGAUGAAGCAUCCAACAAUAAAUAUAUUUUAAUGGAGAAACGUCUUAAUAUCUUAUAUAAGGAUCCCAAGAAGGCUAAGUUUACUGUCCUUGAGAAGUUUAAGGGUUCUGAUAUGUUAGGUUGGGAAUACGUUCCUAUGUAUGAUUUCUUUGCUGAGGAAUUCAAGGGUAAGGCCUUCAAGGUGAUGGUUGACACUUAUGUUACUGAUGAUUCUGGUACUGGUAUUGUCCACAAUGCUCCCGCUUUUGGUGAAGACGAUUACCGUGUUUGUUUAGAACAUAAGGUCAUCAGUGCUGAUGGCCACUUGCCCUGUCCUGUUGAUGAUACUGGCUGCUUUACUAGCGAAGUCCCUGAUUAUAAGGGAAUGUAUGUUAAAGAUGCUGAUAAGGUUAUCCAAAAGGAUAUUAAGGCUAAGGGUCGUAUGGUUUCUCAAUCUCAAUUCAAGCACAGUUAUCCCUUCUGUUGGAGAUCAGAUACUCCCUUAAUUUAUAAGGCUGUUCCUGCUUGGUUUGUUCGUGUUACUCCCAUUAUUGAUAAAAUUUUAGCUUGUAAUGAACAAAUGCAUUGGGUCCCUUCUUUUGUUCAAGAAAAACGUUUCGCCAAUUGGAUUGCUAAUGCUCGUGAUUGGAACAUUUCUCGUAACCGUUAUUGGGGUACUCCUAUUCCUAUCUGGGUUAGUGAAGAUUUUGAAGAAAUGGUAUGUAUUGGCUCUAUUGCUGAAUUAGAAGAACUUAGUGGUGUUUCCCCUAUCACUGAUCUUCAUCGUGAAAGCAUUGAUAACAUUACAAUUCCUUCCAAGAAGGGUAAAGGUGUCCUUCGCCGUAUUGAAGAAGUCUUUGAUUGUUGGUUUGAAUCUGGUUCUAUGCCCUAUGCUCAACAACAUUAUCCUUUCGAAAACGAGGAUAAGGUCAAGAAUUCCUUCCCUGCUGACUUUAUCUCUGAAGGUAUUGAUCAAACUCGUGGUUGGUUCUAUACCUUGUUGGUCUUAUCUACUCAUCUCUUCAAUAAGCCUCCUGCUAAGAAUGUCAUCGUUAGUGGUCUUGUUUUAGCCGCCGAUGGUAAGAAGAUGAGUAAACGUCUCAAGAACUACCCUGAGCCUGGUAUUGUUAUUGACAAGUUUGGUUCUGAUGCCUUGAGACUUUAUCUCAUUAACUCACCUGUUGUCCGUGCUGAGACAUUGAAAUUUAAGGAAGAAGGUGUUAAAGAAGUUAUUUCUAAAGUCUUUUUACCAUGGUAUAAUGCUUACAAAUUUUUCUUGACUCAAACUGCUGUCUUGAAGAAGGACUUUGAUUUUGAUUUCAUGUAUGAUCAUAAUAUCAAGAAGUCUGAAAAUGUGAUGGACCGUUGGAUCUUGGCCACUUGUCAAUCUCUUAUCAAGUUUAUUCGUGAAGAAAUGGCUGCCUAUCGUCUUUAUACUGUCGUUCCUCGUUUGUUGAGCAUGAUUGACAUGUUGACCAACUGGUAUGUUCGUUUCAAUCGUAAGAGAUUAAAGGGUGAAAACGGCUUAGAGGAUGCUAAGAUGGCUAUGAAUACCCUUUACGAAGUCUUGUUUACUUUGUGUAGUACUAUGGCUCCUUUCACACCUUAUUUAGUCGAAAAUAUGUAUCAAAACCUCAAGAACUUUGCUCCUAAGAAUCCUAAUGUUGUUGAUGAUCGUUCUAUUCACUUUUUGGACUUCCCUACAGUCCGUGAGGAAUACUUUGAUCCUGAAAUUGAACGUGCUGUGGGUCGCAUGCAAACUGUUAUCGAAUUGGGUCGUACAAUUCGUGAGCGUAAAAAUAUUUCUCUCAAGACUCCUCUUAAGGAGUUGGUUGUCAUCCACAGUGAUCCUCAAUACCUUGCUGAUGUCAAGGCUCUUGAAAACUAUAUCAUUGAAGAAUUGAAUAUCCGACAUUUGAUCAUUACCAACGAUGAAGGCAAGUAUGGUGUCAAAUAUAAAGCUGAAGCUGAUUGGAAGGUUCUUGGUCAAAAGCUUAAGAAGGAUGCCAUGAAGGUUAAGAAGGGACUUCCCGAAUUGACCAGUGAUGAAAUUAAGGAAUUCGUAAAGACCAAAGAGAUUGUUGUUGCUGGUAUCAAGGUUACUGAUGAAGAUCUUAACGUCAUUCGUUACUUUGAUGCUACCUCUGAGGAUGCUAGUUAUGAAGCAAAUACUGACAAGGACUCUUUGAUUUUGAUGGAUGUUAAGUUGUAUCCUGAAUUAGAAGAAGAGGGUAUUGCUCGUGAAGUCAUUAAUCGUGUCCAACGUUUGAGAAAGAAGGCAAACUUAUUACCUACAGAUGAUAUUAAUAUGUAUUAUCGUCUUGCAGAUGGUGCUGAUAAAUUAGAGAAGAUCAUGAAGAAUCAAGAAGCUGCUAUGGUCAAAGUUAUCAAGAAGCCUUUACAAGACGCUAAAAAUAUGAAGCCUUCUGAGCAACUUAUUACUGAAGAAGAACAAGAUGUUAAUGGCAUGAAGUUUGAACUUGUAUUUGCUAAAUAA